AUGGCUGAUGACGAGCCAUCUGACAGCUCCAAGCGUUCAGAUAUUUACAACACACCUCGUGUUGUCACCAUCUGCAAGAGUGAGACGGGAUUUGGCUUCAAUGUACGGGGGCAAGUCAGCGAAGGUGGCCAGCUCAAAUCCAUCAAUGGCGAACUCUAUGCGCCUCUUCAACAUGUCAGCGCAGUGUUAGAAGGCGGGGCGGCCGAACGAGCAGGUAUCAUGAAGGGCGACCGGAUCUUGGAAGUAAAUGGCGUUGAUGUUGAAGGUGCUACUCACAAGUUUGUUGUGGACCUCAUCAAGCAGGGGGGCAAUGAACUUACGUUAACGGUCAUCUCUGUACCGAACUUCCGAGAGGAGAAGAAAGACUUGAGCGAUGAGUCGUCGGGGUACUCUUACUGCGACUACAGUGACAAACGACCUGUGCCUAUAACCAUACCAGACUACCAACACAUUACCAGUGAUGGAGAAAAAUAUGUGGUUUAUAAUAUCUACAUGGCAGGGAGAUUGCUGUGUUCCCACCGAUACAGCGAGUUCGCCAACGUCCAUGCCAAGCUGAAGAGGGAGUUCAUCGACUACCAGUUUCCCAAGUUUCCAGGCAAGUGGCCCUUCACGCUGUCCGACCAGCAACUAGACACAAGGAGAAGAAGUCUGGAGCAUUAUAUAGAGAAAGUGAGUGCCGUCAGGGUCAUUGGUGAGAGUGACAUCAUGCGUGACUUCCUCAGCACAGAGAUUGAUGACACUGAACCUGAGAGGUCGAGUCCAGAGCCUCCUAAAGUCCAGGUUGAGAUGAGGAUAAACCUUCCAGACAGGACGUCAGUCACGGUCACAGUUAGGAGGAACAACACUGCAGAUGAUGUAUAUAAUAGUCUAGUUCACAAGAUUGCCUUGGAUAAAGGGAUGAUCAAUUAUUUCUACCUGUUUGAAACCACUGAAAGUGGCUUUGAUCGGAAACUAUUAAGAACAGAGUUCCCUCACAACUUGUACAUUCAAAAUUACUCCUCGGCCACGCCCAAUGAAAGCUGCAUAGCGAUGAGGAAAUGGGUCUUUGCACCAACGCAAGAACUUCUAAUGAACCACGAUGAGAAAACCAUGUCAUUCCUAUUCUGGCAGGCGAUAAGCGACAUUUCACAGAAUCGGAUAAAAUGUCCGUCGGUAACGCUGUAUGAACUGAAGGUUCAUCAGGAUAAAGAAAACAAAUUACAGUACUUAAAAAUUGCCAGAAGUCUUGAAGGUUACGGUAUGAUAGUUCCCCAUUGUUCAUGUGAUGCCAAGAAGUCUGGUCAUGUGAUUCCUUCUGUUAGUUACAGGAAGUUUACGCUACAAGCUUGCAAGGAAGAUGGAACUCUGGAGGCCCAAGCGCCUUCAUUUGAAUGGAGUGAAAUAAGUCAAUAUGAGACGGACGAGGAAGGAAUGGCGUUCUGUUUUGAGUACACCAAGCCAGGCAAGAAACCAAGAUGGGUCAGAGUAUUUACUAAAUAUUUCGAAUUUCUAAAUGAGUGCUUCGCCAGGGUGCUAAAAGAGAGGGAGUGGUGCAGAGAAAACGAUCGUCAUGGCAAUGGACAACAACCAAACAAUCACAGAGAAGAGGAGGAAGAAGAUGAAGAGGAGGAGGAUGAUGAGGAGGAAGAAGAAGAUGAUGAUGAUGAAGAUGAGGAAGAGGAGGAAUUACAUAGAAGACCGGAACACAGAGACAUCAUAAAUGAAGAUGAUGAGGGCUUGUGACCUUUGACCUUCCAUUUUACCAAAGCAUUAUUUGCAAACCAACAGAGGACAGAUAAAACUAUAUAUGUAUACAAUAUAAAUAUAUAAAAAAGAAAGCUUUAUACAGGCAAGCAAAUCUUACAUAUCAUCAAACCAUUGAUAUGCUCUUUUUAUAACCAGUUAUUUUUAUACUCUGGACAUUUACUGAUGUUGUACACAGAAUAUGAUCUAUUAUUUUUACCAUGCUCAAUUGAGGGCUAGACAUAAUGGUAAUAAUGCAGAAAAUCCCAUGGUUUAGUUAGAUUAUAUUUUCCUCAGUAAUCAAAGAGAUAUGUAAUUAUGGAUUUUUUUUUAUUUUGGUAGAAUAUGAAAUAUAUUUCAAUCCAGCUUUAUUUCUUUUCUAUCAGCUGUUUUAAAAUGUUGAUAUUUUAAUUGAGUGUCACAAUAUUUUGAAUAUGAGACUGUGCUCCUUAUGAAUUCCAUACUCUUAUCAUUUUUUUUUUCAAUCUUAACUUUUCUCUGAUUCUUAGAAUUUUGUUUUGAUAGAAAUUACCACAUUGAUGUUGAAUCCUCUCAUGAUUGCACCCUUCUAGCCAGUGUCCAUCUGGCAUACUGCGUGGUUUUCAAGGUAAAAUGAUUGGAGUAAACUUCCACUUCCAACAGUGUUUGGAGCUCUAGAACAGUAAUUUGAACUUAACUUAGGAGAAUGCUUAUAUUUGUAUUCAACUCUACUUCCUUACCUGAUCUGAGAUUUAGGUCUUCAAAUUAGGAUCAGAUUUAAGAAAACAAACCAUCGCUUCUGUCGCCAAAUGAUAUCUAACUGCCUAUGGGAUAUGGAGUUAGUGCAAUCAAUCGUCGAAAAAUGUGUCUACAAUCAUUGGUAUUAAAAAGCUCUGGGUUACGGUCCCUGGGGUUCUUAACCCAAAGCUAGGAAUUUGAUUGCACAUUUUAAAAUCAUUGGUUCCACACAAUGAUCAAUACGAUCAAUCAUACAUGGCUUACCCUAGGGCCUGUAACCCAAAUCUUCACAAUCAUCAUAGACACAUCUUUCUAUGAUUAAUUGCUUUGACUACAUUGUAAAAUCUAAAUUGUAAAAAUCAAGCAUUCAAUUAAUUGCUAACUUUUGUGUUACUGGACCCUGAUUAUACAGUAUUUUGUACUUCAUGUACUUUUGACUUAAAUCUCAUAAAUUGGAAGAGAUUUCUGUAGUCCCAAGGGUUCCAAUUUGGGGCAGAGUAUUAAGUCUUGAAAGCUGAAAGUUAACACCAAUAUUGAAUCCGUUUUCGCAAUUGUGUGAUGAUAAACAUUUUGUGAUAGGAAACAUUACAGACCACACUCUAACAAAUUUAUGUAAAAAUUGUUGCCUAAUAUUGGGUUUAAAGGAAACAUGCAAAUUUGUUUGGGUAACAAAAAAUAUGUGUCAUUGGGUGAUUUUUACACAACAUUGCAUAAAAUUUACACAGAAUUUUACCUGACAACCAUUAAUGUUCCUCUUUAAUCUAAUAUUGUGUAAACCUUAUAUUUUUGAGUGAAGAAGAGUUUAAGUUAACUUAUUAUUGUGGCUUGUCAUUAGAUGUGUAACCCUGCUCCACCUAAUAUCAUUGGGGUAUCAUCAGAAAAAGAUCCAGUAAAGUAUUAAGGCUCUGGCACAUCGUUCUGUGCAAGCCUUGCGUGUGAUUGUUCGCAACUCACCCGCAACAAAGUUUUGAUUAUGUUCAAAACUAUUUAUGCUUCUGUAGGCAACUUGCAUGUGGGAUACUGUUAAUGUGGGCGACUUGCGUGUAGGAAAAAUAUUUGCCCGCAAGUCACACGCGAGGCUUGGACGUGGCGAUUUGACAGGGCCUUUAAUCAAAUAGCCCCUGACCCGCCCUUCCUGUGACACACUGAACCGCCCUUAACUGCCCGUACGUUUUAUCUGCGCUAUAGUAUCUCUUGUACAUGAUUUACCUUGCUAAUAUUGCGUGUGCAUACUGUAGAGGUUGGCUGCUAUAUAGAUCUGCAUAGAAAAGUUUAUGCUCCUAUUGAGCACGGUAUAAUAGAGAAAACCAGCUGACACGCAUCAGUGUGUAGCAAGUUCCAGACUGUUGUGCAGUCGAAUUCAGCAAACAUGGCUGCGUCCACGUCUCGGAAAACCACUUACUCUGUCAAAGAGUUUUGAUGAAGAGUUCAUCAAGACGUUGGAUAUCACACAGAGUGACAUCGAAAUCGAUAUGGACUAUUCAGAUUUGAGUUGGAAUUAAUUUUUGACAUAUUUUAUUCCUGAAUUGGCGAAAAUUUAAAUUUUAUUUUCAUUCUGUCAGUAAUACCAUGGAAAGCCAGCAAAGUCAACAUAUGAAAUGCAUGUUUGUUCAAACAAGUUUCUAAAUAUGAAUGUACAUCCACAAAGUCAUUGCUUUCUUAAAAAUUUUGGUGUGUUUUCCUCUGUUUUCAAAUGACAUUUUGCAAAUUUCCUGUAGAAAAAAGUUAUGACACUGAUGGAUUUCCAUAGAGUUACGAUUGAUUGGAUCAAUCGUAACUCUUUGUAAGACGGGGCCCUGUUAUUGUUUUUCUUCAAGUCUUACAGCUUGUACACAGAGAUUUAUAGCAUUCAGAAUAUAUAUUUUCAUGAUACAAGAGGUUAAUGAUUUGUUUCAUAUACUUGAAAACAGCUGAAUUCAUUACCAGUAUCUACUCUAAAUAUUUCAAUUUUUCAGUUGUGGAUAAGAAAAAUUGAUUUCAUUAUAGUAGAAAUCUGUAAAAUACUGUCACUUUGCUAAACAAAGCAGAGUCUUUCUAUUCAUUUCAAGGAAAAUUAACAUAUAUUUUUGCCAGCUUAAAUCUACAUAUUACUUUUGGUUUAUGUUUGUAUUUUUAAUUUGCUGUGAAUAUAAUUUGAUACAACUCAUUUUAUCCAUAUCAUUUUAUAGUACAUAUAUUUUCAAAGCUAUACAUAUGAAGUUAUAUUUCUUUUUGUAAAGCUAUAUUGAGUGUAAUCCCUGUACUGCAUUUUGUGCUAAUUUUUUCACCCUAAAGUUUUAAUUUAUGUAAUUAUUCUUAAGUCUGGACGUAUAUCUUCCCUUUCCCCCAUUUAUGAUUUGCUUCCUAUUUUUUUUAACAAUUCCCUAGUGAUUUUCAGCAAAAUUUAUA